AUGGGGAGAACUUGCGUCCCACCACUAAUCUAUGCAAGCAGUUCACCAGAGCUGAAGUCUGGUACCAUGGGUGCCCCAUUUCCAAGCCCCAUUUCGGUCAGAGUCUCUUUAUUUCCUGGGAUGGCAGGAAUGGGGGGCCGAGUGAGUAUAUACAAUAGGGAUUACGCAGCGCGAGUAUGCCCAAAAGGGCGAGGUAUCGGCCUCCCGUCAAACGGAGGUGGGCUUAACGGCCCCGUUACAUUAAUUAAAAUUAAUUGGACAAUUCUCGGCCCAGUUCAUGAACAAUCUCAUCAUUCACCUAGCCUGUCUCAUCAUAUCAUCUCAAAUGCUCAACUGCACGACUCUCUCACCAAGUUCUGGGAACUUGAAGAAAAUCCAGAGUCCUGCAACGAAACUCUCACCGUCGAGGAAGCUGAGUGUGAAGCUCACUUCCUAUCAACUCAUUCUCGAGACGCAUCAGGACGAUACAUCGUCCGUCUACCAUUCAAAUCAUCAUAUCAGAAGCUAGGUGAAUCUCGUCAUAUUGCGCAGCGCUGUCUCAACCGUCUCAUGAAGCGUCUUUCUCAAAACCCAGAACUUCAAGGUCAAUAUACUGCUUUUCUCAACGAGUAUGAAUCACUCGGACACAUGACUCGAGUCUCAUCUACAUCGCCUGAACCUUCUCAUGUAUAUUAUUUACCUCAUCAUUGCGUUGUUCGCGAAGACAGCGAAACCACCAAGUUGAGGGUCGUGUUCAAUGGGUCAAGCAAGACAUCAUCAGCCAGCUCUCUCAAUGAUCAUCUACAUAUCGGCCCAAGUCUUCAAGCAAAGAUCUGUGAUGUACUGCUGUACCUCAGAAGUCACAGAUUCAUCUUCUUGACAGACAUUGUUAAGAUGUUUCGUCAAAUUCUCAUCCACCCUGAUGAUAGGGACUAUCAGCGCAUCCUCUGGACAGAGAAUGGUCUCACUGUGGCUUAUCAACUCAACACCGUCACAUAUGGCACUCGACCAGCACCAUAUCUUGCUGGCAGAGCUCUCAAACAACUUCUCAUCGACGAAGGGUCUCAAUAUCCACUAGCAGUGGAACCCUUUCAAAAAGGCAGCUACGUCGACGACAUCGGCGGCGGUGCCGACAAUCUCAGCGAUCUCAACGACAUUGCAAACAAUGUCGAGGCACUUUGCAAUUUAGGUUGCUUUCCACUAACUAAAUGGAAGAGCAACCACCCUCAGUUCAACAAAAUCUCAUCAUCACUCAGUCCAGAAGAUUCUCAUUCAUUCUCAGACCACAUCUCAAAAAUCUUGGGUCUCUCAUGGAAUUGUCAAGAAGACGUUCUCACCUUUACUGGCAAGACGUCUCAAACUCUCAGCAUCACCAAGCGCACCAUCACCUCAGAGGCUGCUCAGCUAUUUGACCCUCUGGGUUUAAUCUCACCAGUAAUUGUCAAAGCAAAAAUCAUCAUCCAGGACCUUUGGCUACAAAAGGUCGACUAG